AUGUUGCCGACUAUCUACUUCGUCAUUUCCGACUUCAACCAAGCCUGGGCUGGCUACGGAACUAUCUUUCGGCUUCGCAACCUUUCGACAGGCGGACCACUGCCGAUGCCUCUAUUGUCCUCGCCCUCCAUUAAGGCCAUGUGGUUGUUCAAGCACUCUAUAACAAUUUUGACACCAACGGGCGAUGCCGUUGAGACUCCUGGUGUUGCGGAGCUGCUCCGAGGCUUCAACGACCAGUCUACCGAGGCGCUGGAGAGGGCCGAAGAAGGCUCAGAGCGUUCCGUCGAGGGCUGCUCCCUUCAUAAUGCCAAUGUACGCAAGCACUGUUGGUUCAAGUAUCGAGAUAAUCCGACCAAAAUCCCUUUAUUUGACGGCAGCGAAUACAACAUUGGCGGUGACGGUAAAUUUUGGGAACAACAUGGCAGCACGGCUGGCAUGGACUUUGUCAAAAUCCCUUCGGGUGACAGCGGCGGCUGCAUCACGACUGGCCCUCUGCCCAACUUGACCAUCAACAUCGGGCCCAUCCGACCUGGCAGAAGCGGCGUUAAGGCAAACCCUGAAGGUCAAUUCGCUUACAACCCCCGUUGCUUGAGACGCGACCUGAAUUCCUAUACGCUCAUAGAGUGGAUGACCGCAAAUAAUCUCAUCACCAUGACUGUGGGUGACGCCAGCCAUACCAUCCUCUCAUUCCAGAAUGAACUCCAGGGCCGGUUUUCGGGUGGUUUUGGGGGGAUGCACGCUGCUGGUCAUGCUGCUAUCGGUGGCGAGGCGACUGACCAGUUCUCAUUGCCAAAUGACCCCUCCUUCUUCCUCCACCAUGCCAUGAUAGAUUAUUUGUAUUGGAUCUGGCAGACGCUACAUUCGUUGCAGGCGGACCAAGUUGCGGGCAUCAUUACGAUCCUGAACAAUACCCCCAGCCGGAACGCAGUCAAGGAAGAUACCAACUUCGUGGGCGUGCUGGCGAAAGACGUUACUAUUGGACAUUUCAUCAACACCCUCAGUGGAGAGCCGUUGUGUUAUGUGUAUGUGUGA